GUAUGUAGGACAAGGAUCUAGGUGAGCUACGUAGUCGUGUCCAGUCCUCAGAGGGUAGGAUACCAGGUCUUGAAGAGAGAGUCAAGGAGCUGGAGUUGACUAUGGAGCUCAUAUCUCAAGAGAAUAUGAGAUUACAAGGAGCUAAGAAGGAGCUAGAAGACAGGAUUAAAGCUCUGCAUCAGAGAUGUACAGAUGCUGAUUGUCGUGAAUAUGAAGCAACAGUGCAAGUAAGGGAGAGUAUACAGAUGUCAGAAAAUGCAUUGCUAGAGAAAGACCAGGCUAUGAUCCGAGAGCAGCAGAAAGAAGAGGAAGUGAGAAGAUUAGCGGAUGCUCUGGGUAAACUAGUCAAUGAUGCAGGCAAACGAACAAGACAAGAAGUAGACAGCAUCAGAAAGCAAUGUAAUACUAAUAUUGCUAAGCUGAUGGAGGAGGUUACAGCCUUAGAAACGGAGAAUGCUGAGAAACAAGCUGAGAUAGAAAGAGCAAUCAGAGAGAAGAGGGCAGUAGAGCAUGAGCUUGAACAGAUGUAUAAAGAAGGCACAGCCGUGACGGGAGACCAACGUAUAAAUGAGUUACAGAAUAGGAUCAUUGCAAUGGAGAGAUUAAAAGAUGAAACCUUGAUAAGAGCUCAACAGAUAGAGAAGAACGUGCAGAGACAAGAGUACAGUCAUGAGGAAGAGAAGUCUAGGAGUUUACUCGUAACAGACCAGCUGAGAGGAAGACUUGAGAAGUUAUCGAGAGAGUGUGAAACCUUAUCAGAUGAGAGACUGAGAUUGACUGAAGAUAAUGAUAACCUCAAGAAGAAGAUGAUAGAGUUACGCAGAGAGAAGGAGGAUACAGGGAGAUCAGCUGCUAAAGAUUUGAUCAGUGUAGAACAUGAGAUGAGUAUGAUGAGGAGAGAGUAUGAGGCUCGUCUGGAGAGUGUGGAGGAGAACAGCAGACAAUCUACCAAGGAACUCAGACAGAUGGUCCUCACUCAACAGAGGAUGAGCUCAAAAUGGAAAGAAGAAUGCAGAGUUCUGGGUCAGAAGUUUGAGGGCAAGAUAUCUGAACUAAGAUCUCAGCUUACUAUGCAGAAGAAGAGGAAUGAGGAUCUAACCAAUCAAAAACAGCAACUCAAAGAACAGAACGUACAGAAUGAGCAGCUUCUAUCUGACCAGAGGGAUGUGAAUAGGAAGCUACGUCAGAAAGUUGAAUUAGCUGAACAUCAAGCUACUGAGGUCACUAGAAAGUUAACUGAUAGAUCAGCGAGAGAGAGAAGACUAGCCCAUGAUAAGAAGCAGCUCCAAGCUCAGCUUGACAAGAUCAGAACAGAACUGACUAGAUCAGACAGAGGAGGCCAUGUGUCUCUACACCUACCUACACCACACCUAAGUGCUACAUACAACCAGCCUAAACCAAGCCAUCCUACUAGUGGGUUCAUAAGAGAUAGAGCACCUUCUAUUACAAGCUCUCAUCAUAGCUACAAGUCAUCGCGUAGCAGGAGCUCAUCACCAGAAUUUAGUACAUAAAAUGUUUAGCCGUCCGUCCAGCUAUUUAUUUAUUUAUUUAAUCCAAUAUCAAGGAUUUUAUAGAAGCAAGCCAAUAUCAUUAUAGAAAUGUUUUUUCUGAGUUUAUGUGAACUUUUCACAGAUACACAUCAUUCUGUAAAUCUGAUAUGAAAAUCCUUUUAACUGCUCUCAACAUUUAGGUUUUUAUUCUUGUUUAUAAACAGAUCCUACUGUAUUUAACAUAGUCUAUCUUGAAAUAUGACCAGGGCCCCAUCUUAUAAAGAGGUGAUGUAAAUUGCAAUUCAUUUGCUAUUGAUGUCAAUCACAACUAUGUACAUAAGAUAUAAUAGACUGCAAACUUGCGAUUGAUUGGAGCAUUUGUGAUUGAUCAAAAGAUCAAUCACAACUCUUUAUAAGACGGGGCCCAUCAUGUAUUGCUUGUGUUCACUUAAAUCAUAUUUUGCUAUUUUGUGUGUUGUGUGUACUACUAUGCUCUUCAACUAUACUAUGCUGUGUGAUACAUGUUUGUGUUGUAAUGUGUUGUGUUAGUCAGUCUUGAUAUUAGAAAAAAAAAAUGAGUAUCGUUAGGUAUGAAAUUCUAAAUAUUUAGAUUAUUUCAGAUUGAGGUUCCUUGUGGCUAUACGAAUAGUUAAAUUGGAGUUGUGAGGUAGUCUAGACCUUUCAUUCAGACAAUUGGCCAAAUUAUGGACAGUCUAAUGUCUGGUGUGAUGUCACUAUGAUUCGCAGCUGAUCAGGCCUUGCUUUGAUCCAACUGGGAAGCAGACAAUACCAAGCUUUUACAAGUUAACUAUACAUAUAACCAUUACAAAGGCUUAUUUAAAGCAUUGUGUGUUAACAUGCCCCUCCAGUGUCUCAUAAACACAGGUCAUGUUACAGUGGAAAACACUCUGUCCUUUCCACAGGAGAGCCACCACCUUUGAACAGUAAGAACCCACUGCACUAUUUGUAUAAGAGUAGGGGGAAACCCUGGUGUAGUGGUCCACCUGCACAAACCCCAAUCAGUUAUAUCGGGAGGAGAGAGCCGAGAUUCAUAGUGAUUCAGUUCGCUUCCCCCCCCCCCCC